AUGGAGCACGGCGGUUUCGCCGACCCGGGGGUCCAGGCCCGAACCGUUGAAAUGGGCAUCCCCGUGACUAUCCAACAGCCUCUCCUCCACGACGUUGCCCCCAUUCAGUCGCUCUACUUCGGUAAGGAUCGCACCGCGCGCAUCUUCCCGGCUCACUCCUGGCUAGACGCCGGGGCCCUUAUCGGCGGCGGAUCAGACUACCCGGUGGGAAGAUUUGGCGCGAUGCGCUCCGUCUGGGGCAUGACCACACGCGAGACGGUCGCCGGCGUCAUGGGCCUCGAGCAUGCUAUUACAUCAGACGAGGCCGUAGCCCUGCACACUACCAUGGCCGCAAAGCUACUCCACGAGAACCAUGUCCGCGGAGACAUCGCGCCUGGCAAGUUUGCCGACUUAACCAUUUGA